AUGCCCACUCUCUUUCUACCCAAUACCAUGGAGAGCUGGCUUAAAGAAUCCGGAGCGGUAGGCUUGGACGGCCUGGAACUUGCCGACUUCCCGGACACCGGGCGCGGUGUCAAAACAUUGCGGCCUUUCAAGGAAGGAGAAAAGAUUCUCACCAUUCCAUCUAGCAUUCUCUGGACGGUCGAACAUGCAUACGCUGAUCCCCUUCUUGGACCAGCCCUGUGCUCUGUGCAGCCGCCCCUGUCUCCCGAAGACACUUUGACUACGUACCUUCUCUUUGUCCGAUCUCGCGAGUCGGGAUACGAUGGCCAACGAAGCCAUGUAGCGGCGUUACCUACGAGCUACUCUUCGAGCAUCUUCUUUACGGAGGAGGAGUUGGAAGUUUGCGCUGGCACUUCACUGUACACCAUCACGAAGCAGCUGGAGCAAUCGAUUGAGGAUGAUCAUAGGGCGUUAGUCAUGCAACUGUUUAUACAGCAUCGGGAUCUUUUUCCACUCGACAAAUUCAGCAUCGAAGAUUACAAGUGGGCUCUCUGUACCGUGUGGAGUCGUAGGAUGGAUUUCCAACUGCGCGAUGGGAAGUCGAUGCGACUUUUGGCGCCCUUCGCGGAUAUGUUGAACCACUCGUCCGAGGCGAAGCCGUGUCAUGUCUACGAUGUCUCAUCUGGAAAUCUCUCUGUCCUUGCGGGCAAAGAUUACGAACCUGGAGAUCAGGUUUUUAUCAACUAUGGAUCAGUUCCGAAUAGUCGCCUUUUACGUCUCUAUGGCUUUGUUAUUCCCGGUAAUCCUAACGACACCUAUGAUCUCGUUCUUUCAACGCACCCUCAAGCGCCAUUCUACGAGCAAAAGCAUAAGCUCUGGGUGUCUGCUGGGCUCGAUUCGACCUCUACCAUCCCCCUCACUCUCACCGAUCCGCUGCCGAAAAACGUCCUUCGAUACCUCCGUAUUCAGCGAGCGGACGCAUCGGAUCUCGCUGCCAUGGCGCUUCAGAAUGCUAAAGCAGAUGAGAAAGUCAGCGAUUCGAACGAAGUGGAAAUCCUACAGUUUUUGGUAGAAUCUUUUGGUCAUCUUCUAGGUGGUUUUGGAACGCCGCUGGAAAAGCUAGAAGAACAACUCGCGCAGGGUGUCUAUUCUCCGGGAGGGAACGCAUGGGCUGCGGCGCACGUUAGCUUGGGCGAACAGCGGGUGUUGAGAUUGGCGAAAAAGAGAGCGGAGGAUUUGCUAUCGGCAGUGGAGAGCGGAAGUUCGCAGUCGCCACUGGCGCGAUGCGCGAAUUGCGGAAAGGCUUCUACGCAGUUGUCGUUGUGCGGGAGGUGCAAAUCCGUUGCGUAUUGCGGGCGGCCGUGCCAGGUCGCUCAUUACAAAGGGCACAAGGCAACGUGUCGAGCUCCCGCUUCGUAG